GGCUUCUCUGCAUUCGUGUUCUUCUUGGUUUCUCGUUUCUCACUAUUUUUUGGUGAUUCAACAAAGUUACUUCAACGGAAACAAAAAAGGAGCAAUGGCAAGCCCUUCAUCUAAAGACAAUGGAGAGGCGACAACGAAAGUUGGGAGAGGUUCCUUAGCAGUGGUGCUUGGAUUGGGCGCUUGCGCCUGUCUUGGAGCUGCAUCUCUCUUCGAAGGAAGUAGCGAGAAUAAUGCUACCCAAGUUAACAACAGCCCGGUACGCCGUCGCGUUCUUCAAGGAGAAGAUGCCAUGGCAACCUUUCGAUCCACUCUACCCGACUACACCUUGACCAAUUUACAGAAUUCAGCUUCACCUCAGAGCCAAGCCUUUGACUGGCUAUCCGGAAUUCCCAAUCUGGAUACCUCGGAUACCACGCGCAUGACCCAAUUGUUUGCCAUGGCCACCAUUCAUUAUGCUCUGGACGGACCCAACUGGAGCCGACAGUCCUUGCGGGGCCCAAAUGACUUUCAGUGGUUGAAUUAUUCGCACCCCGAGUGUUAUUGGGAUCCACAGUGGACUCAUGCCUGUGACCAGAAUGGACACUUGGUGAAUCUGAAUCUCGACCAUGUCCACACCGACGCUACCAGCUUGGCCAUGCCCGCCGAAAUUGGACUCUUGUCGAAUCUGUACAGUGUUUCGUAUCAGGUCGAAAUGGAUGUGACCGUAGAAGAUCUACUGCCUCCCCAAUUUUUUACACUCCCCAAAGUCCAAUCCAUUGCCUUGUCGACUGUGGGAGGGACGCUCUCCUCCGAAAUUGGAACUCUCUCCAACCUCAGGUCACUCGCCAUUUACCAUGCUGAAGAACUCGCUAAUAGCAACACCUAUGGACCACUCCCAACAGAAUUGGGUUUGCUUACCAACUUGACGGAGAUUAACCUUGUUAAUACUGGUUUCCAAGGCCCACUACCCAGUGAACUAGGACAACUUGACAAGCUCGGAAGAAUUGGAAUCACCGGAACGGGCCUUCAAGGAGCAGUCCCUAGUGAGUUGGGUUUGUUGAGUAGGCUCACUACCAUUGCUCUGGUCAACAAUCCUGGCAUCAACGCAAGUCUCCCCAGCGAACUGGGAAUGCUCUCUCGUCUUUCCGGCAUUGACAUGCAAGGCAACUCUCUCAGCGGUCCCAUCCCCAGUGAACUCGUUGGCUUGACCGAUGUAUCCAUUUUAGAUCUUUCCCGAAACAAGUUGGCGUCGUCCAUUCCCUCCGAAUUGGGACUUGCCACGGACCUCCGGCGCAUCACCAUGGAAGACAACCAAAUCGUUGGAUUAAUUCCGAGCGAAAUGGCACUGUUGACGCGAUUGACCGACCUGAACAUGGCUCACAAUCGUUUAUAUGGCUUGCCAAGCGAAAUCGGGCUGGCGGUCAACUUGGACCACUUGAAUGUGGGCUACAACGAAAUCACGGGAUUGCCGAGUGAAGUGGGUCUUCUCACCAGCAUCGAGUCCUUUGAUGCCAGCCACAAUGCCAUUAUUGGGGAACUUCCCACUGAAAUUGGUCAGAUGGGUCCAAGUGCGGGACGUAGAAUGUGGGCAUUGGAUCUGUCCUUCAAUUCGAUCAACGGGGUGCUGCCCAGUGAAGUUGGUUUGAUGGCCCGCCUCAGCAGUUUGGAUUUGCAAAACAACAAUAUUGCCGGACCAUUGCCGGCAUCCAUCGGUAUGCUCUCGUAUUUGCAAGAGCUUGAUUUGUCUUCCAAUUCCUUGUCCUCCUUCGUUGCGACGGAAAUUGGACUCAUGGACGGCUUGAAAAAGCUGAAUCUUUCGAGCGCUUCUCUUAUUGGCGACAUUCCCUCCGAAAUGGCAUUGAUGACGAGUCUCACCGAUAUUGACCUGUCCAACAACCCAUCCUUGUCGGGACCAAUUCCAGAAGUGCUUUCGGAUUUGGUGUUGGUGCAUGAUUUGCAAAACAUGGAUGUUACCGGCAACGCCUUUCUCAGUGGUGAGGUGCCCAGUGGUCUUUGCGAGCUGAAUAGUGUCAACCGGACGUAUUGUGAUCAGGGCGGACGUUGCGCCUUUUCAUUUGACUGUGGCCAACUCUGUGGUUGUGGAACCUGCGCUUGCAACGGUGGAGAAGUCAGCCGCAGUGGUGAUGUCUUUGAUGGCUCACCCUAAAGAGUAGCCAAAAGCAAUGGAUUGUGAUCGGCAGGUAGCCAGCCAUGCCGCAACAAGGCAAGGGGGAACUCAACAUUCCAGUUCCCAACACUCUCCAUGCAUGUUACAUGUACUUCAGAUAUGAGUUGUCCUGUCAGUUCCUCCAUGGCCAGAAAUGCGAGUUCCAGCUGGGAUGAAACAGAACGAUGGGAUCAAGAGAUGGGAUGUUCAUUACAUCCCACAAAUAGAACAAGGAUGCGGGUAACGAUGAAUGCCGAAUAGUUCUAAACGUAGAAAAUGCAUAGAAUUACUACAUUCCCUGUUGUGGUGCUUC